AUGAGUGAAGAAGAUGACUGCUUUUGCCCAACUGCUCGAUCCGGUUUUAAUUUGAUUUUCUAAACAGUCGUUGAUUCACUACGAGUUUUUCACGAUGCUCAAAGGAAUAGGAAUUUUCGAUAACUUAUCUUGGCAGGAUUUGAGAGAACAUAGUUUAAAGUAAUCUAGGAAUUUUUUCUUACCGACAAGCUCCUGUUCAAUUAAUUUUUGAUUCAUUAGAUUCAUAUUCCUUUGUUUUGUAAAAUAUCAGAAAAUACAACUUUUCAGUAUCAAUGGAGUCGAUGGGGGCCGGAUAUAUCUCGAAAAAAGAAAUAAGUUGUGAAAAUGUGCGUAAAGCGGUACAAAUUCGGAUAAAACAGGUGAUAAUAUUUAUGAACGAAUUUGGUUUUUCCUAAUUCCUUGAAAGUAUUUCGGCAGCUUUUGAGCUUUUCUGUCUUACGAGUUUGAUCUUAGCGCUCUAGGACGUUUUCUAAUUUUCUACAGAUUUCAAAUUCUUUCAAAACACCCCAUUUUUUCACCUUUAACUGAUCCUUGAUUAAUUGGUUCUAAAAACUUGAAACUUUCAGUAGCUAACUAUAGAGCUUUAAGCUUCCAGUGUUCGUUUCAAAAGCAAACUAGUGAUCACUUUGGUCUUACCUUUUUCCACUCGAAUGACCUUUUACGAACGAAGAGAGCUUCUAGUCUCUGUCAUAAAGAUUAAGAUUGUUAAUAAAGAUUGCUACAACUCUUUCUCUGACCUUCCCUAUUUCGUCGUUAUCUAGCUGCGAGAAAACGACGAAAUAGUGGAGGUCAGAGAACGAGUUGUGUCGAUUUUUAUGCGCCCCAAACGAAAGAGUGUUCUUUAGAAGCCAAGAUCUACUUGUAAGAUAAACCUCAAAAUUGCUAAUAACUUAUCUUUUCAGUUUUGACUCGAGGUUUCUUUAGUAAUUUUGUGGCUACUCGAGUGAUUUGGUCGCAAAAAGAAACUUUCAAGGCUUUGCUAAGCUGUACUCCUGUAGUGCUCAUUAAAGCGAUGACUAGAAGAACUUUCAAGUUAUUUCUGUAGGUCUUUUUCUCAAGAUCAUCUCUUUUGGAUGCACGAAACCGUCCACAGAAAAAUCUGGAAGUGCGAUAAAAGGGAGAAAAAUUUCAAAAAAUAUUCGAUUUACCGGAAUUGCGUCAGCUAUUUUAUAUGCAUUCCAAUUCAAAAUGAAAGCAAAAUAUUUGCUUCCCAGCUCAUUCAAUACAGACCAAGAAAUGUGACUCAGGUUGUUUGAAACACCAGUUUUUGUUUCAAAAACAACAAGAUGAUGAAAAAACGGAGAAGUUUGCAGCGUUAUAAUUGUGAAGAACAGAGGAUCACGUCGAUGAAAGCUCCUUUCCGAGGUUUUGCGGUUUUCGUCCGUUUCCACUGUAGGGCGAGGAUUCAUCAUGUUCGGACUGUCAGGCUUCCAGGUUCACAUUAUAAUAAUAGAUAGUUUAUUCACUGCCAUUAUUUAACAUAAAUAAUUGAAGAAUAGAUGAUCAAGUGAAGGAAUAGGCAGAGAAAUAACAAUACACGGGAAAGAGUCAACCCCAACGAGUUGACGGGUACCCGGAAAUAUGGCAAAUUCACAGGAGACGAGAGGGGAUAUUUUCAUGAAAGGCUUCAAACGGAAGAGCAUUCAACUUUUUACGCAGAGUUUCAGGGGUAACGUUAAAAUCUAAAUAAGAAGUUAGUUUAUUCCAAAGAGGAAUAGUUCUAGAAAAAAAGUCAUUAGAAAACUGACCAGUAGUCCGUAGUCGAAGAAUUGAAGUCGGAAUGAAAUGGGAGACAAAAAUCGGAAUGAAUAGGAAAUAAAUGAGUGAAUAGAAAUGAAUAAUUUUUUCAUAUAAGAUGGCUGCAAAAAGUCUUGAAAAAAUGAUCCUGAAGAAGCGAUGAAUGGAUUCUCUAACCAAGGAAAAGAUUGGAAAUUUCGUAGAAAUUGCUGACUAAAAAUGUAUCGGGAAGAAAAAUAAGCUUACGUUUGGACUAGUAGGCUUAGUUUCCAUUGAAAUUAGUGGAAAAAGUUGAAUGAAUGAAAAAAUCCUCGAUUUGGGGCAUGCCCGGGCAUAAAGGUCUUAAGAAGCGAUGACUAGGCGCUCCAGUGAUAAUUUUGAUAAUCAGUACUUGUGGGUUUGAAAGCAGAGUCGGCAAAAUAAUAUCAUAAUUGAUUUAUGGACAAUGAAAAGUCGAAAAUUUAACUUUUCCAGAAGUCUUAUCGCCGCAGAACAAAGAGGCGGACGAAUCUAAUGGCUAG